GUCUCUCAUUAUCGAGUACAAAAGAAUAUACUAAGUGAAUUUCUCUCUCUAAACUAAUUUCUCUUGCUUCUCUCUAGGUUGUCCAAAAACCCUAGAUUUGUCUGGACUUCUUAUGGAGGCGGCUACUCGGCCGCCGGAUGAUAUCCGGCCUAAGCCACCCUCCUUUGCUCAAGUACUGAAUGGAACGAAACCAAAUCCACGCAGCUUGAUCCAUCCUUCAGGGAAAACUACUGUCGAUGCUCCUUUCAUUACCUCAAAGCCAUCUCUCUAUAAAGGAGAGCCGGCCUUCUUGCUGUCCAAGGAAGAAGAUGAAAAACUCGCAGCCCCAUUUCAAUUUUCGCUUAUUGGCAAAUUUUUCGAAGGGAGGCCGAAAAUGGAGUUCUUGCGAAGCUUUCGCACGGUUGGAUUUAAAGGGCAUACUUCUAAAGAUUGUAGACAUGUGAAAGCCAGGGUUUCGCAGGCUGCAAAUUCGAAAGUAAUUCUGAAGAAGACUGAUAAGCCAAAUGCUGCCACCACUGUACCCAACAAUGUCUGGAAACAAAGAGAAAAAGCUCCAGCAAGGGCAUCUACUAUUGAGGACACUGGAAAACCAGUAGAAAAGGAUCCAAAAGCAAGCAUCAUUAUUGAUGAGUCUGGGAAUAAAGCAUCAUCGUAUGGAUUAUCAAUGGCAGAAAAGUUGAGUUCUAUCAUAGAAAAGACUGAGAAUGAUGAGAGUAGCUGGGAAACAGAAGAGCCAAGAAAAAAUGAAAUUCGAGGAGAUGACAACGGAAAACAGCUCGCUCUCUAUGUUCCACAAAUCAACUUGUCCACGAGAUUCGAUCUAUUAGCGGAUUUUAAUGAUGAUCAGGUAAUUCCCAAUGGCGAUGGAGAUUGCCCGCAUGACCAUGAAGCUCAGAUGGAUGUAACUAAUCAGGAUGGUGACUCAGAAUUGGAUUCUGAUGAGAUUCAAAUAGCCAAUUUACUGGGACAAGAAGAAAGGAAUCUAAACUCUUACGCUUGUGAUGAUACUGCUAUUGGUCGGCGACAUGACCCUGAUAAUGAGUAUUCUUUGCGAAAUGUGGUCUCAGAUGAAGAAGGAAAAAAGAAGAAACCAGGCAGGCCAAAGGGGUCAACAAAAAGAAGAAAAUCCAGGCCAUGGAUGGUAGGAGGUGAUUACAACGUUAUUCGAAGUCUUGAAGAGUAUGACGGGAAUUCACAGCCGGAGCAGGGAGCUAUAGACGAUUUUAAUUGCUGGAUAGGAAGUUGCCGGCUUAUGGAAUUAAAUCCAUUGAGAAAUCUAUAUACAUGGAAAGGGAAUCGCCAGAAUGGUCGCGUUUUGAAGCGUUUGGACAGAAUUUUAUUCAACCAAGAAUGGAUGACUCUCUUCACAAUCUCUUCAGUUCAUCACUUGAGCAGGUCGACGUCGGAUCAUGCGCCUUUGUUACAUCGAUUUCGUGUUGAUUCAGAAACCUGGCCAAGUAUAUUUCAGUUCCAGAAGAUGUGGAUGAGAAGAAAUGAUUUUCUGGGCAUAGUGAAGGAAAGUUGGGUUCAUCCAAUUGAGGCCUUUGGAAUGUUACGAUUCUCUUUGAAGCUCCGAUGA